GAGAUGAGCUUAAUUAACUUACGUGUGCCGCCUGCAAAUUACAAUACCUCUGGGACUUGUGAGGUUAAUAUGUUACCGGAGGCAAAUGCUAAUUCAACAAUGGAAGCCAGGCUACACAACCCGUAUUUGCCACACGCAUACCGUCCGGAACAAGUAGCACGGCCAGUUGAGGUUAGGUUCCAGGAGCCACGUGUAAUGCAUGCGACUUAUCCGGAUGGGUUUACAUCGAAUACCGCUCAGCAUAAUGAGCCAAUGUACUCGAGCUCACGAGCUCCUUGUGGCGGCUAUCAGCAUCAAACGGCGUCGGGAAAUUAUCGCUCGAGUGAAGUAAUGUUUACGGGUCAAACCGCCGGGCAUCCUGAACAACAUCUGCAAUCGACGCAACAAGGGUAUCAGGCAGCAUCGAGCACUCUUCUACCCGACGGCAUUAAUCCGAGAAACAGUGCACAUCGAGUACCAACACAUCUUCGGGUCCCUUGUGCAGCAGCUACUCUUCGGACGGACGUUACGUUGAAUGCUGAUCCUCGUGCACAGGCCUACACUCGGAACGCGUGCACAAGUAAUGGAGCGUUAAACGCUCAGCGACCGAGUGAGUAUCCUAUGUAUCCAAACCUAAGUGCGCGUGGCGCAUAUGAAUCGCGUUUAUUUUUAGAUCAGCGUGAUGUGCAUUUGGAUCGUUCGGCGAGUAAUCUACAGAACGAGCUGCGACGAAUCGAUGAAAGAUGCGAACAGUUUCGAAUUGAACAGAGACUGUUGCUGGAAGAACAGUGCGAGCGUUUUCGGCAAGAAGAAAGGCGUCGUUUUCUUCAAACGCAUCACCCGAAGCCCGUUUCGGGCUCGCAGAGUGAUACCCGGCUCGACAAGGAACAUAUGCAUCCAUGGCACGGCUUCAGUGGUCAACAAGUCAUUAAUCAAAGCCAGGUGUCUGCGCACCACUGCACCAGCCGGGAAUUGCCUAGCUUCUCCGGAAACCCUAAAGAGUGGUCAGUAUUCAUCGCCAGCUAUGACUAUUCGAACGGUAUGUGCAGUGAUGAGGAGAAUAUGUUGCGGCUUCAACGGUGUUUAAAGGGCAAGGCAUUUGACGCUGUCGAGAGUUGUCUCUAUCACCCAUCGAGUGUUCCUGAAGCCAUCGAGAUACUUCGUGAACGCUAUGGACGUCCAGCGCUCAUAGUUAAGGCUCUCAUGAGCAAGAUUCGUGCGAUGCCAGCUCCGAGGGCGAACGAUUUCGAAUCGCUUGCAGAUUAUGGAUACGCAGUGCGGACCCUGUGCGCAGCAAUGGGUGCUUCUGGACUGGUGGAGUAUCUCAAUGGCGACGCUUUACUAGAUGAGAUAGUGGGUAAACUACCUGCUAACGUGAAACUAACUUGGUUUUACCAGUGUGAAGCCUUAGGAGAACCAACCCUGAGCCAGUUUAAUGAGUGGAUGAAGAAACUUACCAAGGCAGCCUGCAAGGGAGUUGAACCUGGUCACAACAUGCCAAAUACAAAUUAUCGUAACAGCUACGAAGGACACCAGAAAAGCAGUACCGAUCGUCUGAAUAACCGCAAGUAUGAACAAUGUAACGCUCAUUUAACAAAUAAUGAUUCCAAAGAAGCGGGUGCAGGUGAGACCUUUACAGAAAAUUGUCGAGGAUGUGAAGGGAACUGUCCGAAGCUAGAGAAGUGUGCAAACUUUUUGAAGAUGUCCGUCAACUCAAGGUGGAAUCUGAUAAAAUCCCACCGAAUCUGCCGUAUCUGCCUUUUGCAACAUACUCAUCACUGCCAUGUGAAAACAUUUUGCGGAAUCAAUCGAUGCUCGAGACGCCACAACUCGCUUCUACACUGGACACCGCAGACUACAGCAACACCAUUAAGCAAGGCCUUUGACACACAUCCCUGUCUACAGUGAAAUGGACGCCCCAUUGACGCCAAACCACUUUCUUCUUGGAAGCCCCGACGGGUCUAAACCUCCUAUCUACUUUGACGACACACCCCGCAUGCUACGAAACACGUGGAAGACAGCACAGCUUUACGCAGAUAUAUUCUGGAAGAAAUGGAUCGCCGAGUAUCUUCCAUCACUCACUCGGAGGAGUAAGUGGUUUCAUCCGUGCCGCCCAAUUAAAGAAGGAGAUUUGGUAGUGAUCGUAGAUAAUACGCUCCCCCGAAAUAGCUGGCCAAAGGGGCGCGUGAUUCAAACCACUAAAGCAAAGGACGGACAAGUAAGGCAAG